GCUCGCGCAAUGUAGUUCCUCCGCCAACCCUGACGCGGGAGGAUCUCUUUUCGAACGGUUCUUCUUCUCGUCGCACUUUUCUUUCCUAGUGAUUAAUGAAAUCUCGUUCCUAGCAUUGUCCAACACAUACACACACUGGAAACAAUUACUUUCCAUUUGGUUGGAGACAUAAAAAAAAAAAAAAAAAAACACUCAACGAGUGUCACUGACAUUUUUACCCCAUCCGUCCCUGUAAAUCUUUAAGUUUUUUUCCUUACUGAAAGUGCAAAGUAAAGAAAAAGAAAAGCAAAAAAAAAAAAAAAAAGAAACCGGUGUUCAACUAUUGGAAUAAGUUUUCUCUUCACGUUCUUUUUUUAAUCUGUUUAAUACCUUGGUGCACAAUAAGUUUUCGAUACGCGAAUGUGAAAAUUGGUGUGUCAGUGCAAAAACAAUCAUAUAACACGUUUUCUACACGAGUAUAUUGAAGGACAAAGUUUCCUUCAAAGUCGCAAUGUAGAUUCAGCGGGAAUAAAUGAAGCUUGUGCCAGGUUUUGAGAAUCAAGUUACGAAUUAUUCACGUCGCGAUGAACGUUAAGAGCCGUAGUCAUAAUUGAGAUAUUCGACGGCAUGUCCCAGGACGUCCGGGAGAACUCGAAGAGAACAAAAAAAUGGAAUGAAUAAAUUGCGACCGAUUAAAGUUAAGUGAUUAAAUAACGAAUUCAGUGACGCUAAUUAAUUCCGUUAAUCCAAAGAAGAUAGUGAGGAAGAGAGAGAGAGAGAGAGAGAAAAGAUUGGAAGAAAUGUUGCCAAAAGAUGAGGGGUGGAAGUUUUCUGGAAGUUGAGGAAAAUUGUGUUCAAGUGAUUUGUUCAAAAAUUUGAGAAAAUUCCCACCUCAUUUUGGGAAUUGGGACAAUGAGCAAAGAAGCGGGAUGCAUUUGACAUUUGUCGUCACCGUCGGACUUGGAAUUCAAGCCAGAUAGUGAAGACAGCAUGCGAACAAAUUAGCGUUGGGCCAAACAAGCGAUGUCUGCCUCUCUUUCCAUCCUCGUCUGUUUACUAUUUUCUUUUGGUGGUUCAACAAAUUCUCUGAGGAACUUUCGCACGGAUUUUUUAGAAGAAUGGCCUACACCUGGCACUGGUCCCCAUUUCGACAUUGUGAUGCCGUCAAAUUUCACUGGAUUAGUGGGACAAACUGUUCAUCUUGUUUGCAAAGUGAAAAAUUUAGGAAAUCGAACGGUGUCGUGGAUAAGACAUCGAGAUAUUCACUUACUAACUGUCGGUCGAUACACAUACACAAGCGAUCAACGUUUCGAAGCCCUUCACUCACCACACUCCGAAGAAUGGACAUUGAGGAUAAAAUAUCCUCAACGAAAAGACUCGGGAACUUACGAGUGCCAAAUAUCCACAACUCCUCCUAUUGGUCAUCCUGUUUAUCUAACAGUAGUUGAACCAGUGACGAUAAUAGUAGGAGCUCCAGAUCUUUUCGUCAACAAAGGAAGCACCAUCAACCUAACCUGUCUCGUCAAAUAUGCCCCCGAGCCGCCUCCAAUGAUGGUUUGGAGUCAUAAUAGUGAGGAAAUAAAUUUUGACUCACCGCGCGGUGGCAUCAGCCUCGUUACGGAAAAAGGACCUGAAACAACGAGUCGCCUGAUGAUUCAGAAAGCUAUGCCAAGUGACUCGGGCAAAUAUACUUGCGGGCCAAGCAACGCCAAUCCCAGCACCAUUAGGGUCCACGUUGUAAAUGAGGAACAUCCAGCUGCAAUGCAUCACGGUGAAGGGAGAACUUCUUACCAUAGGGAAAAUCCAAUGUGUUUUAUAAUCUUGAUAAUUACUAUAAUGUUUAUAUGAAAUCAUAAUUAAAUCCAAUUCUUAAAUUAAUUAAAGUCGAUCAUCAAUGAUCGAAAUCACCUAUAACGACAGUUGAUAUAUUUACGAAUUAAAACAAGACAAGUGUGCAGGGUAUAGCAGUUUUAUCGACAGCAACGUUCACGUAGCUCUGACCAAAAACAAAAAUUCAAAUAUAUCAACGCGUGGUCGGUGAGUGUGUAGUAUUUUGUUAAAUGAUAUCAUUCAUUAUUGGUCAAAAUCGAGAAUUGUAAAUAAAUUUAUUGUAUGUACAUAUCAAUAAAACAGAUUGUCUUAAAAAAA